UAUGAAUAAAAUUCUAAGAGGAUUUUCAACUGUAAAAUCCAUGAAAUUCAUCAAAGAUAAACAACCUUUAAUAAAGAUUAGCGAAUUACCUUCUGGAAUAAAAAUAUUUACUGAAUAAACUGCAUUUCCAUUUGCCUCUGAUAUUGGAAUUUGUUUUAAGGCUGGAUUAAGAAAUGAACUACCCUCAGAAACUGGAUCAUUAUUCAGUCUUAAUUAACAUAUGUAUCAUAUUUCAGAAAAUGAUUGUCUUGAAAAUUUGUAAAAUUAUAUGCUAUUUAGUGAACAAACACUUAGAACAGGCUGUAUGUUAGAUUAAACUUAUGAUUCAGAAUUAUCAUAUUGGAAGUGUUAAUUCAUAUAGGAAGAUUUUGAUAUGAUUGUAGAUGUCUUAUUGAAACUUGCUUUGACAACCAAAAGAAUUGCAAAAGAAACAAGAGAUUAAUUUAAUAAAAUGAGUAUUCCUUAAGAAAGAGUAUUAUCUAACAAAUAAUUUAGAUGACUGUAGAUGAAGCUAUAAAAAAGGCUGCAUUUGGUACACAUCCAUUAGCAAAUGCUAAAACAUCUGCAUAAAUAUUACCCAAAUAGGAGGACUUUUCAAGAUUUUAAGAAUAAAUGCUUACAAGUUAAAAUAUGAUAAUUGGUUAUGCAGGUGUUUGGAGUCAUGAACAAUUUAGAGAAUAUAUUGAAAAAAAAUUGGUAAAUCAUCAAUAAUGUAAUUAUAUUAAAAUAACUGGUAGUUUUCUAAAGAUAAUUAAGGAAAUAAACAUCUCCAGAGUUCCUUUCCCAAAUCUGUGCUUUAAAUGAUGAUUAAAAUGAUUCUAUUGAUAUAGCAUUACUAUUUAAAGGAAAUAAAUGGAGUGAUAUAAAUAUGCCUACAUAAUAUAUCUUAAAUUAAAUUUUAGGAUCUUCAAGUAUUUGUAGUAUUUUAUAGGUUCCUGGUCAACUGGUGGUCCUGGUAAAGGAAUGAGAUCUAGAACAACUCUUAAUUUAAUGUAAUCAAUACAAUCUGUGGAAGAGGCUUCAGGAAUUUCUUAAGUGUUUUCUGAUGCUGGAAUAUUAGGAUUGAGAGUGCAAGGACCUCCUACUUCCAAAUAAGAAUUAUAUUCAUGUUUAAUUGAUGAAUUUCGAAAAUUGGGUUAACCUAUGAGUGAUGAGGAAUUUUUGAGAGGGAAAAACAUAGCUAUCACUUUAAUAAAUUUGAAUUUGGAGAGAUAAGCAGAUCGAUUAGAAGAAUAAAUUAAAACAGUAAACUAAUUAAAUUAUUUAAGACAUUUUUAAUGGGAUAAAAUGCUGUACCACUUUAUGAGAGUUUAAUCUAAAAUGUUACUAAAGAAUAACUAUAAGAUUAUGUAAAAAAUCUUAUAAAUAAUGCUGAACCAACUCUUUUGUACUAUGGUAAAAAUGUUUAGGAAGUUCCCACAAUGUAAUAAGUUAAAAGAAAUUUGAGAAAGUGAUA